GAAUGUAAAACAAUUCUGAGGACCCGAACCGUUUGGGAAUCGGAAACUUCUCGUCAACACAUAGAGGCCGGCGUAAGACUGGCCAGUGGUUUACAACAUCUGUUAAUCAGUCACAUACCACCAAAACUGCUAAAAAUUGUCAAUUUUCUGGGUUAUAAAGGAGUGGAAAGCCGUGCCUUUCAAGAGUUAAGCCGAACAGCAUUUGAAUUGCCCGGGAUCAGUAGCAGAAUCGCUCAGAUUGUGCUCCUAUUCUACUGGAUUGCUGGACAACCCCAUGGAUGUCUCGGUCCUAAAGAGCAAUCCCUAGCCUUUAGCGAACAAAUUAUUGAUAAAGAAUUGAAAAGAUUCCCAAAAAGUUUACUGUAUAGGUUAGCAAAGGCUAAGUUGGAACAAAUCAGUGGUCGCAUCGAUUCGGCCAUUCAUUUGUUCAAAGAUUGUUUGGUUAAUAAUACUCUG